AUGUAUCAAUUAGUCCGCAAAAUUUUCAGCAACGCAGAUGACAAGACCAAAGUGACCCUGGUCUUCGGAAACGUCACUGAGGAAGACAUCCUUCUGAGAAAGGAGAUUGAGCAUCUCGAAAACACCCACCCCCGUCGUUUCCGCGCAUUCUAUACCCUCGACAAGCCGCCUCAGGACUGGCCCCAGGGAACCGGCUUCAUCACCAAGGAACUACUCAAGACCGUGCUUCCCGAACCAAAGACGGAGAAUAUCAAGAUUUUCGUAUGUGGGCCACCGGGCAUGUACAAGGCUAUCAGCGGGCCUAAGGUCAGUCCAAAGGACCAGGGUGAACUGUCUGGUAUCCUGAAAGAGCUUGGAUAUAGCAAAGAGCAAGUCUACAAGUUUUAG